AUGGGGACCUCCGUUCGGGGUUUCUGGAUUGAUCAGGAAUGCAUUGACCAAGAUAAUGAAGCCGAGAAGCAGCGUGCGGUACAAUCCAUUGAGCUGGAGAGCGAGUUUUGCAUCAAAUCCACGGACUUUCGCUCCAAAGCCACUAAACUUUGCAUGGAGUAUCGAAAGGACCCUGAACUCCAGCACAUGUGCGAGAGAAUUCUAGACCGGGCUUCAAAAUAUAAUGUCCAGCUAUUAGAGCUCGACAAUGAGGGAAAGCGCACGAUAAGGCAAUCCAUGUCUCCAAUAAUAUUCUCAAACGUCGGAAAGCGAGGGAUGAGGGAUGAGUCGGAUCGUCUGGCGGUGAUCGCUAACUGCUUAGGCUACUUUGUCCGAUUAGAUAGUCAAAGACUGGAGCGAGAGGCAUACAGUUUGAGCAUUUCGAUGCUGGCCUUGUUCUUACUAAACGGGGAAAUCCUUAUGAAUGGCCCUGAUAACUCUCAGAGCGCUAUUAGAAGCAAUAUUUUCAAUAACCUGAGGAGCCAGUCUCUUCGCACGUUCCAGACACCUGAUAUUGAUCAAAAACUUACAUUCAUCAAAAGUUGUCGUUUUGCCGAGGUUGAGUUGUUAGAACAGGGAGUUAUAACGUCUGGGCACCUCUGGCGGUUGGGCAGAAUAGUCGAGGAUCUUGGGAGAACGAGACCGCCACAAAGAGGCCACGAUUAUCAAUUGAGUUGGUACCAACGAAUGCGUUUGGGUCAGCUCGCUAGACAUUUAGGUCCAGGGGAAUGUGGAAGUCGUUAUGGUUAUAUUGCAAGCGCUAUCGAUGAAUAUCUCGACCAAGAUGAAAGGUGGGGGGAUAAGGACGUCACAUUCUCCAAGUUCUACAAGGAUCUCACGGCAGAGGAGGUUGUCAAGGCAAUGAUGGAUGAUCCACGUUCGCCUCGGCUUCGACUUGGCGCAUUGAUCUCUCAGGGAGAUCGCACAGGUACUGAUCCGUACAGUGGUAUUUUUAUCAGAGAGGCAGGCCAUCGGUGGGAAAAAGACGAGACUAUGUCCGGCUGA